AUGGCCUUCUCCGCCCAUGAGCUUCUUCUCGGUUUUCAUCCAGACGCACCCCAAAUUGUUAGGUUCAAUAGUAUACGUUCGGCUUCUGGUUCCUACGCUGAAUGCGCAGUUGCUGAGACACAAACUCGACUUCUUGAACAGUUACUUGAUGGUUAUAAUAGAAUGAUAUUACCUAUGAACCAAAGUACGAACCCGAUAAUAGUGACGAUGGGACUCAGUUUCUACCAAGUAGUGGAUGUGGAAUGGUCAGACCACCGUUUAAAGUGGGACCCUGACAAAUACGACAAUACAAAAUAUCUUCGCAUUCCUGAAAAUGUUAUAUGGAUUCCGGAUAUUUAUAAUUUUAAUGGAGUGGGCGACGAUUCUAGUCGGUUCGCCGGUAAUGCGCUGGUUAAAUACGACGGAAAGAUUUACGUGGAAGAAGCCCGUAUCCUAAAAACCAUGUGUCGAAUGGAUAUGACGUAUUUCCCAUACGAUAUACACCGUUGUAACAUAAAAUUUGGUUCCUGGUCUUAUACCGAAGAUUUACUCACGAUGAAAAUCGGGAAUGAUAUCGAUUUCCAUGAUUUCAUGAAGAAUGGCGAGUGGGAACUCCUAGACGUGUCUUCCCAUACGAAUCCACAUGAGGUGACAAACUACGACGGGAAGACGUUUACGGACGUGGUGUUUUCUUUGGUGUUCCGCCGAAAGUCAUCUUUUUUCACGGUGAACUUUGUAGCUCCAUCAGUGAUUGUCUCACUGCUGACUAUUCUGUCGUUCUGCUUGCCGCCUAACAACCCAGAAAAGGUGAAUCUGUGCGUUACUAUUGUACUGGGACUGAUCGUCUUCACAUUGGUGCUGGUCAACGUUAUUCCACAAACUGCCCACUCCAUAACGGCUCACUACCUGCUUUUCAGUGUCGUAGCAACAGCCCUAGCCGCCCUGGCCAGCACAUUCACCGUAAAUGUAUGCCACAUGGGAAGAAAGAUUGACGGGCUCACCGUACCGCGUCCAGUCCCAAAGUGGGCGAGGAAAUUAUUAAUCAACACACUUUCUCGCUGUCUGUGUAUGAAAAAGCCCCCGGGUUUGAAUCAUGACUCGUCUAUAAAGGCUAGCUACACGCCAAGUGAGCGAUGCGACCGUGAGGAAGUGACACAGCUGGCUGAUACGGACAUUCGUAAAGCGAAUGGUGAUAGACCUAAUGACGUAUGCAGAUGA